UGAUUGCGUACCGGUGACUUGUUAAAACCUGAUUUUAUGUUUAAACAAGACGAUGUUUGUAUUUAUGUAGUGUCAGAAGCAGUAAAAUGAAGUUUCACUUAAAUAGUUUACGAACAUAACUAUCGGAAUUGUUACCGCUUAGACGAUCAAAGCAGCAUGUGUACAUUUAUUGCAGUCCGCCUUCUACUUUUGUUCCCAGGUAUAAAUAUCCUUGGGGCAACUGGUUCCAGUAUCACUUCAGUGAGAAAUGUGUCUAUAGAAUGUAAAUCUGAACGGUACGGAGUCGUUUUCAAGUUCCAAGAACAAAAGUCAUCCGACUAUAUCAGGCUAGCUGAAUGCCAGUUCGGACCAGGUGGCCAUUCUCAAUUGAUGGAUGAAACAUUCAAAGGAACCUAUGACGUGACAUACGUUAAUUACACGUGUGUACUGACGAUACUGUAUCUAACGGUAGACCAGUGUGGAAUAUACACGUGUGCAGAAAUGUACAAUGAAUCAGAAACUGUUGAAAAACAGAUCGGCUGGAACUGCGAAGGCGUUCCGAAAUCCACUGAAACUACAGAGGGUCACUGGAUAUCCAUAAUAGUUGUUCUGUCUGUGGGAUGUGUUGUUCUAGCUGGUAGCAGCACCGCCUUCAUUGUUCACUUUCACUUUAGACGGAAGAAUAACCAACACACGAGUAAUGAAAAUCGUCAGGAGCUUGGGGAUUUCUCGGAAGCGGCACCCUUGACAGUUCCUCAGACUAGAGCCGGUAACACCAUGCUUGAUGAAGAAUCUAGUACACCCAUUACAUAUUCAGCUACAGAUACACACAAUGCCUCAGUUGAUGAUUUAUUGGCUUACAGCCAUAAUUUAAACAUGACACCCAAGGAUACACUGACUGGUGACAUAACACAAGAUGAUGGACAGAUGUCCUUUACAAGUCAAAGCAUUCAAAAUAAUAUAGAACAACAACCCGAGAACACCCCCAAAAUACUUGAAGUACGUAACGAUGAGCAUCGACAUGAGCGUUUACAAGUCGAUGAUCCGGAAAAAGAAAGUCCGGUUGAAGAACGGGAUGAACAGACGACGCCUAAAACAAACUUCCACCAAACGGUUGCGUUUUUUGAAAGCGGUGAAGCCAAACACAAUACAAGUCGAUCGGACAACUCUGAAGAACGUAAGAGAAUUCAUGAAGUUGGGCAGUCAAGACUAGUCAGUAAUACCAACCAGGAGCUCAUAUCAAAUAUUGAGAAAACCCUGAAGAAAAAGUGAGCUUGACAAGCAAUGAUAUCAAUCUGUGUGUGCAACUUUGCCGACAUUUAAGACUUUAACAAAAAAAAACAUAUGAUUACAAUGACAAGAUUGUGGAUAUGUGUUUUGAUAUGGGUGUCUUUUAAUAUGCUUAAAAUGAACUAUGAGUGCCCUUCUAUAUACUAAAAAGUGUUCUACUUGUAUUUUUAUUUUCGUUUCUAUAUCUUUGUUUCUAAAAUUGGUAUUCAAUAACUUGACUACCAAUUAAAGAAAAUGAUCAAAUUUUAUUUUUCUUAUUUCACAAUAUAUAUCAUUAAGU